AUGGCUAUUCCUCAAAUCCGAGACCCUUCAAUCCGCUACCUCGAGACCGCUCAAGCAUACGAUCUCUGGGCCAACGUCUAUGACACCGACGGCAACUUCCUACAGGCCCUCGACUCCAUCCAGAUGAAGCAUUGGCUUCCCCGAAUGCUCACUCGCCUCGACUCCGACCGUCGCCCGCGACCCUGGAAUGUGGUGGAUCUGGGAUGUGGCACGGGUCGCAACACCGCUGCCCUGGUGGAGGUCGCGGACCUCAAAGUCAUCGGCUUGGAUGUGAGUCCUGGAAUGUUGACCGUCGCUCGAGAGCGGCUGAAGGACGUGGUGGCGUCGGGCAGACUCAAACUCGAUGUCUUGGAUUUGAUCGAGCAGCCCGUCCCGGCUUCUCUCGAUAAUUGGGCUGACGCCAUCGUCUCGACUCUGGUCAUUGAACACAUCCCCGCCGAUCGCUUCUUUCGUCAAGCCUCACGAAUGCUCAAACCUGGCGGGUUCCUGCUCUUGACCAAUAUGCAUUCCGAGAUGGGUGGGAUCAGUCAGGCCGGUUUCGUCGACCCUAGUACAGGGGAAAAGAUUCGCCCGGCUAGCUAUGCUCACACCAUACAGGAUGUAGAGGCCAAAGCUGCCGAGUACGGGCUGGAGGUGGUGGACGCCAUAGAGGAAGUGUCUGUCGAACCAGGCAUGGUGACUCGGUUGGGUGAGCGGUCGGCCAAAUGGGUCGGGGUUAAGGUGUGGUUUGGAGGCAUCCUGAGGAAGAAGUAG